AUGGAAGAAAGCAACAACUCGGGCGUGGUGGAAUUCCCUGACAACUUUAUGGACCAACUCUUGUGGGAGGAGUGUUGGGAAGAAGAGGGGGCGUUAAGAGAUAAAGAGGAGGCAUCACCAUCAUCGUUGUUAGGGUUGAAGGAGAGGGUGGCUUGCGCCAUGGGGCACCUGCGAGAGAUGAUGGGGGAAAAGGAGUUGUUGAUUCAGCUGUGGGUACCGGUUGAGAGAGGGAGCAGAAGAGUGUUGAGCACGGAGGAGCAGCCUUACUCCCUAGACCCUUUGUCUCAGAGACAGAGACAGAGCAAGAACCUGGCCCUCUACAGGGACGUCUCAGCGGGAUACAGCUUUGCAGCAGAGGCUGGGUCGGAACAGCUGGUGGGGCUGCCUGGGCGUGUGUUUAUGAGGAGGAUGCCUGAGUGGACACCAGACGUUCGCUUCUUCAAGAGUGAGGAGUACCAUCGCAUCGGAUACGCACGAAGGUACCAGGUUCGAGCCUCCCUCGCUCUCCCACUCUUCCAAGGACCUCGUGGAAACUGCGUGGGCGUGAUGGAAAUGGUCACCACUCACCACAGCUUCUUGGAGUAUGCUUCCCAACUUCACAACAUCUCCCAGGCCCUUCAGGCCUUUGAUCUCCGGACUUCAGAAACCUCCAUCGUUACACCCUCUCUCAAGCCCCACGCCGACGACGACCUUCACGCAGAGGUGGCCUCGAUCCUCCAGGGCUUUUGUACCUCAAACGGGCUCCCUCUAGCUAUUACGUGGGGCCACCAAGAGUCGUGCCUUUCUGCUCUUGUCUCCGCCUCUUACGCUGCUGACCAGGACAGCCGCUGCUUCCUGUCCGCCUGCUCAGAGCACCAUCUACUCCCCGGCGAAGGAAUCGCUGGAACAGCUUUUGCUUCCAAGAAACAGUGUUUCGCAACAGAUGUGGCCAUCCUCAGCAAGUGGAGCUACCCUCUCUCCCACUACGCCAGAAUGUUCGACCUCCACGCUGCUCUCGCCGUCCCUCUCCUGACCAGACGCAACCGCACCGUCCAAUUCGUUCUCGAGUUCUUCUUCCCCAGAGACUGUCUUGACACCCACACUCAGAGGCUAACCCUCGCCUCCCAACUCAGCCUACGCUUCCAGAGCUCACCACAUCUAAUGGUAGACGACGACCAACUUGCGGACACAGCCACGCCCCUGACUAGCGGGUCAGCAGAACAACUUGUAGCAGAGGAGUCACCAUGGAUAUCAUCAAGUAAGGCGCCGGAGGCCAAUGAUCACAAGGGCAAACAAGUGUCGUCGGUUUCUUGGGAGUAUCAGAGAGAAGCUUCUUUCUCUUCUUCUUUGGAGACUAGAAAGCGCAAAACAAAGGCUGAAAAGGAUAUCACUUUGGAGGUUCUAAGACAACACUUUGCUGGCAGCCUCAAGGACGCCGCUAAAAACAUUGGUGUAUGUCCUACGACCUUGAAGAGGAUCUGCAGACACCACGGAAUCUCAAGGUGGCCAUCGAGGAAGAUCAAGAAAGUGGGACAUUCUCUUCGGAAACUGCAGGUGGUGAUGGACUCUGUCCAAGGAGUUGAAGGCUCUCUCCAUCUUGCCUCCUUCUACUCAAGCUUCCCUCAACUUCAAUCUUCUUCUUCUUUUCCUUUGCUUAAUCCAAUCCAGACUGUUCACGUGCCUCCAAAGUCAUCGCCUUCCUCAUCUGGCAGCCAAAGCUCGUCAGGUUCGAGCACCUGUUGCUCCUCUGAAGAGCAACAACUUGGUGGCUUCCACAAACCAGCUCUCAGCCAUCCUCAGCUGCUAUCUCUAAGCAGAAGCAACCUGCAGGAGGAGGAGCAGAGGGCAGUUCGUGUGACCUCAUCCCUACCCCCACUGCCAUCCGCAACAGCUCCAAGGAAAGCAAAAGAUGGGAUGAAAGUGAAGGCUAUGUUUGGAGAUUCAAAGAUGAGGAUGAGCCUCCAGCCCCACUCGCGGCUCAUAGACCUCAGAAGAGAGAUCGCAAAGCGGUUUGGGAUGGACAAUGUUUUGACAAAUAACUUCAGUCUCAAGUAUCUGGACGACGAUCAAGAAUGGGUUCUCUUGACGUGUGAUGCUGAUCUUGUGGAGUGCAUACAAGUCUACAAGUCCUCCCUUAAAGAGACUAUCAGAAUAUUGGUUCAUCAUCCUCUCUCUCUUCCUUCCUUUGAUUCUUGA